CGCUUGUGUCUCUCAUGCUGCGUCUCGGAGCCUCGCCGCGCGCUCGGGACGCCUCUGGGAACACGCCGCUGCACUUAGUCUGCAAGCUCAACCCCUGCCCUGCUGAAGUAGUCCGCGAGUUACUCGACCACGGCGCACAUAUAGACACGGUGAACUACGAGGGAGACACGCCCGACGACAUACUGCGCGCCUCGCAGCAGUCCCUCGCAGCUAUCGUCAACCCCCUACGCUACACGAGGUGAGUUCAACCCUCAA